GGACCAUCCUCGUAGGCUCCUGCCCGCAGGCCGCGAGCGCGAAGACCAGGCGGCGGUGUGGACGCCAGACCAGGCGAGGGCGAGACUUACAUGUGUGGGGAACCAGACCAGAAACACUUCUGAGUCAAGAGCUUGGAUUCUGAAGUGUGGAAAGCACUGAGACGUGAAGAUGAGUGAACUUGACCAGCUGCGGCAGGAGGCCGAGCAACUGAAGAACCAAAUUAGAGAUGCCCGUAAAGCAUGUGCAGAUGCGACGCUUUCUCAGAUCACAAACAACAUUGAUCCAGUGGGAAGAAUCCAAAUGCGAACCAGGAGAACACUGAGGGGGCAUCUGGCAAAGAUUUAUGCCAUGCACUGGGACACAGACUCAAGGCUCCUUGUCAGCGCCUCUCAGGAUGGGAAACUCAUCAUCUGGGACAGCUAUACCACAAACAAGGUUCAUGCCAUCCCUCUGCGCUCCUCUUGGGUCAUGACCUGUGCAUACGCUCCUUCUGGGAAUUAUGUGGCUUGUGGUGGCCUGGAUAACAUCUGCUCCAUUUACAAUCUGAAAACUCGUGAAGGAAAUGUGCGUGUGAGUCGUGAGCUGUCAGGACACACAGGUUAUCUAUCCCGUUGCCGGUUUCUGGAUGACAAUCAGAUAGUUACCAGCUCUGGAGACACCACAUGUGCCCGGUGGGACAUCAAGACCGGCCAGCAGACAACCACGUUUACUGGACACACUGGAGAUGUCAUGAGCCUGUCUCUUGCUCCUGACACCAGACUGUUUGUCUCUGGUGCUUGCGAUGCUUCGGCCAAGCUCUGGGAUGUCCGAGAAGGGAUGUGCCGGCAGACCUUUACAGGACACGAGUCUGACAUCAAUGCCAUAUGUUUCUUUCCCAAAGGCAAUGCCUUUGCCACUGGCUCAGACGAUGCUACAUGCAGGCUGUUUGACCUUCGUGCAGACCAGGAGCUCAUGACCUACUCCCAGGACAACAUUAUCUGUGGUAUCACAUCUGUUUCCUUCUCUAAGAGUGGCCGCCUCCUCCUCGCUGGCUAUGACGACUUCAACUGUAAUGUCUGGGAUGCACUCAAAGCUGACAGAGCAGGUGUCCUAGCUGGACAUGACAACCGAGUCAGCUGCUUGGGGGUGACUGAUGAUGGCAUGGUUAUGGCCACAGGAUCCUGGGACAGCUUCCUCAAGAUCUGGAACUAAGGCAGUAGCAGGGGGAUGGAUGCCAUGGCGACUGGAAGACCAUUCCAACCUUGAAGCGUUACUGCGAUAGCAUAUCCUAUCCAACCAUACUAACGUGGACACCCACACCUCCCCUCAGAACUUCAAAAGGGCAAGAUCUUUUUUUCCUUCACUUAUUGCUGAAACCAAGAGCACAACUCCCAUUAAGAGAAGGAUCUCUGUGCUGUAAACUAAAACAAAUUGUGCAUUUUUCUGGGGCCAUUGUCUUUGGUUUAUUUUGUUUUGUUUUGUUUUGUCGUGGUCAAAUUUUUAAAGGAAAUACUACAAUAAAAAUGUUAACCAGAAGGUAA